AUGCUCCGGGCCCUCCAGAGGCGGCCGUGGACCUGCCAGAGGUGUCUUCUGCGCAUGAGAGUCGGGGUCUAUCGCCAUCUCUCCGUUGCUGCACCAGAAACUGCGAGACAAGAUCAGGCUGCUUCAGGCCUGUCUGCGGCCAAACGACACGAUGAUACCAAUCUACGGCUUGUCUUUGACUCCAACUCGUUUUGGCGCGAGUUCUCCCAGCGCCGGUCCGGAAGCUCGAAGCGUACGGGCCUGCUGCAGAACCAGUAUCUCACAAACCCAGAAGGAUUUCGGAAAUUCGCCCAUGUCUCCCUUGAAAAGUGUCAGAGGAUAGUUGGCAAGGUUCUGGCGGCGUCUACUCUAGAAGACUUUAGGGCCAUGUCUAGAGAUCUCGACCGGCUGAGUGACCACCUCUGUCGAGUGAUAGAUAUGGCCGAGUUUAUGAAGACAAACCACCCAGACCCCGCGAUACAAGAAGCUGCUACAGAAGCCUUUGCCUUUAUAUUCGAGUACAUGAACAUUCUAAACACGACCCCCGGUCUAAAUGAGCAGCUGACGCGGGCCGUCGAGAAUCCCGAAGUUACAUCUCACUGGAGUGAGGAAGAGAAAGUUGCUGCCCGUGGUUUAUUAAAGGACUUUGCAAAGUCUGCUAUUCAUCUGCCUCCCGGUGAUAGGCACAGGUUUGUGACACUGUCAAAUGAGAUCAGCCAGCUUGGCCCUUCCUUUGUCCGUAACAUGAACCCUGAGACCUCUCAGCUCAGCUUUAGCAAGAAUGAACUCCAGGGAAUGGAUCCGUCGCUCAUCCGAAAGUUGAAACGGUGGUCGAAGGUGGCCAUUCCAAUGUAUGGGUCUGUUCCCAGGACUGCACUAAGUACAGUUCAGGACCCGGAGAUCCGGAGGAAGAUUCAUCUUGCUUAUCGAACGUCGUCAAGGGAGCAGGUGGGACGCCUGGAGACUCUCCUCCAGAAGAGAGCAGAACUCGCCAAACUAUCCGGAUAUCCAAGUUACGCACAUAUGACUUUGAGCGAUAAAAUGGCCAAAACUCCAGAAGCUGUGGUCAACUUUCUCUCGUCACUAAAUGCAAGCAACCGUGGCCAGGUAGACAACGAGCUGUCCAAGCUGCUUGCCCUCAAGCAGAUUGAAAACCCGUCUGCAACCAGUCUCCAGCCCUGGGACCAUUCAUACUACAUGGAAAAGUAUUAUCUCAAACACGGCCGGGCAAGAAGAUCACGGGAUUCUGAAUUACUUCCUUCGUUCUUCUCGUUGGGUACUGUAAUGCAAGGACUCUCUCGACUGUUUACCCGCCUGUAUGGCGUCAGACUUGCUCCAAGUGAAACCCUACCUGGGGAGACCUGGAACCCGGACGUCCGCAAGCUAGACGUGUGGGACGAUGAUGAUAAUCAUAUGGCAGUUAUAUACUGUGACCUCUUCACACGGCCGGGAAAGAGCCCCAAUCCGGCACACUUCACUUUGCGAGGCUCAAGGGAAAUCUCUCCAACGGAGAUAGCCGAAUGUGCAUCUUUGCCAGAUUCACCGCACCCCAAUGACGGGAUGGCAGCCGCUCUAAAGCCAGGCACGAACAAACUCUACCAGCUACCUACGAUUGCCCUUAUAUGUGACUUUGACGAACCAGCCUCUUACAGCCCUGGUUCACCGCCCUCCCUUCUCUCCGAACGUAGCGUUAGAACCCUCUUCCACGAAAUGGGGCACGCAAUGCAUUCGGUCCUUGGGCGCACGGAUCUCCAAUCAAUCUCUGGUACCCGCUGCGUCACCGACUUUGCAGAGCUUCCCUCCGUUCUGAUGGAGAGCUUUGCAAUGGACCCACAGGUUCUACGCCUAUAUGCUCGGCACUGGGCAACCGACGACCCACUACCAGAAGAUAUGAUCCAAAAUAUCCAUCUUAACCGCCAGAACCGCGAUAGCAUACAUGGUGGCAUGGACAACGAAACGCAAAUCCUUAUGGCGUUGAUGGAUCAGACAUAUCACACCAUAUCUGCCGGCUCGAAAAUCGAUAGCACAGCCAUUCUUCAUAGCGUGUCCUCCAAACACAGCAGUUUACCGGAUCCAGCAAAUUCAAUGACCGCAUGGCAAGGCUACUUUACCCAUCUGUUUGGCUACGGGGCAACAUACUAUAGCUACUUGUUUGAUCGUGCUAUCGCUAAUAAAGUUUGGUCUGAUGUAUUUGGGGGCGGCGAGCUUUCUGUUGAUAGGAACGCUGGCGAAAGGUUCAAGAACGAGGUUCUGAGAUGGGGUGGGGGUCGUGAUGGUUGGAGCUGUGUUGCCGGUGUGCUUGGUGAGGGCAACGCCGCAAAUUCUAAUGGAAGGCUAUCCGAAGGUGGCGAGGAGGCUAUGCGUGAGGUUGGUCGUUGGGGCCUUGGUAAGACAGGAAGCGCUGAGCCGUGA